UCAUAACUGUGCCAUGUUAUGGGAACGGGAUAUCCGUUAUGAAAGAUAGACUUUUCGUGGAAUGAACGUUGAACCUUUCCAGCGAAUAGUUUACGAUUGUUAGUAAAUUUUAAAUUCGUGCGCUUUGAUCGUCAGGCCGAAAUGAACCGCGAAUUCAACGACGUCGAAGAUCGCGCAGAAAAGUCAAAUGAUUCGGUAGGAUGCAAAGAAAAGGGGAUUACGAGAACAGGACAGCAGUUAACAGUAGAAACGACGAGACACUGUCACAAGAGAUCCGGAUAAUUAAAUGCGCCUUGAAAUCGCGACGAAAGUGAAGUAAUUCAAAAAGUACCUCGAGAGUGUAAUUCUGUCGGAUCGUCUCAUAAGAUUUCCAGGCCUCGGACGCGGAAGUCGCAUCCAUAUUCAAUUUUUGACACAAGUCUUGAUGUCUGCUAUAAGUGGAGUCCUCGAUGUCGUCCGACUGCCCCAUUUUCGUCGGAAAACCGAUGGAAAACCGUAGGAAAACACGACUACCUUACACCGCUAUACAAGACCGAGCUGCGCCAUACGAGAGCUCCGUAAUGGUUUGGCGGGAAACCAACCGAGUUCCGCCAUAUUUGCCAUGUUGGCGGGAAAUGUAGAACAGCGAUUAUAAGAAAAAAAUCCUUAGGCCGAUUUUAUCGUGAAUAUCGUUGAUCGUUCUAUAGUUUGAUAAUUCGUGAAAUACAGUGGAAAGAUCGACGCGACGCAUCUCGGUUUGUAUAAUAAAUAUUAAAAAUUACGUUCUCGUUGGAUUCCCGAGUUUCGAUCACGCGACAAUGGUUUUUACGAUCUUUAAAACAACGGAAUUAAAAGAGGCGGCAAAAUGUUCGGGACCCAUUCUUGUAUCCGUGAAGUAUAUAUUUAUACAUUUUAUUAUUUCUAUAUAUCGUGGAUAAUCACGAACGACGAAGUGGUGAAAAUUAUCGAACAAGUUGAUACUCCGUCGGCAAAGUGCGCGUUACAUUUAUUCGGAUGACGCGCAUUAUCCAAUCAAAAAUCCAAUUUUCCGUCGUCUCGAUUUGAAACGCUUGUUUUCCAUUGGCUUCCCGGUGCUCCCUCGUACGUUGCUCGUUCAUUUGGUUUGUUUGUAAAAACUAACUAUAAAACUAAUUUAUUUCGAACGCGCAAGAUAAUAAUAUUUUACUCGUUGCGCAGUUGUUCGUUUAAGAAUGGAAUUUAGCGUUGAAUUCUAUAAAUUGUAUGCCGAAGAUACAUAUGGGAGAAUUAAUGAAUUACGUGGAAUAGGAAUAACGAUACGUGCGGAUUUAGAAAGCACUCUAUGUCGACGAUGCGCUUCCAUGGUAUAAAUAUGUAAAUACAAUAUGGCGGAUAGAAGCGGAACGUUACGAGCUUCUCCGAAUGGCAUUUUGCCAAUUGAUUGAGAAAUAGCAGAACUCGUGAAUGUGAUCGAGUUUCGGGCGUGCACGGACAUUUGAACAACAUGGAUUAAAGGAUAUCGCGCAGAAUACUCGGACCUUCUUUCGAUCAUCUUUAAAAUGUCACGAAGGUGGUGUUGUUGAAGAAUGUUUAUUUCUUGAGAAAUGGUAACCGUGGUAGUAGCACUAUCCGGCGCAAUAUGAAAUAAACAGUCACGAAACUCGUAUUCCGUCGAAUGCAACGGUACCGUGGUUUUCACGUUCGACUCGCCGGCAUUUCGCAUAACAAUGUCUGAUGUAUAGGUACUGUCAUGGACACAGAUGUAGAGCUUGGCAAAGGUGAAGGGUGUGAAACGAGUCCAGGUUGCUCUGGCUAUUCUAGCAUGGUGCACAGUAAAAAAGUUAUCAAACAUGCACUACGACAGCAGGCCAAGAGACGCAGGAAAAACACUACCAUAGCAGCUGGCAAUUCUCGUACUUUGCCAAGGAUCGUCGUCAAACCAUUGCCACCACCUCCACCGAAUGAUCCACCGUCUCCAGUAAACAAUGUGCAACAUAUUAAUACUACAACUGAAGAGCCCGCUGCCACAAUGAGAGAGGUCCUGGCUAGUUUGCCGGGAUUUAGUUUGAAGUCUGGGCGUCGACGAUCAACAAAGAGACUAUCUGCAACUGCACAGCUGGAGGCUGGUCUCGUAGAUCUUGAGUCUCCGGCGAGUAUCUUAGCCAGCACAAGUUUACGUGCUCUUUUAAAUAGGCAUACCUUUCAGGGUUUGCCACCUUUGUAUCAAAGGAAACUUGCGCAGCUUUUGCCUGCUGUAGAUAGACAGGAUGCUGCUACAUCCGGACUGAACAAUGAAUUCUUUGCACGAGCAUGUUUAGAAUGGCGUAAACGUUUGGCGGAGGGAGAAUUUACUCCGGAGAAUCAACAACGAUUGAAGAUGGAAGCAGAGAGAGACAAAAAUAAAUUAGAUCCAUGGAAAGUGAAACAUUUUGAACCGAUAUGGGGUGAGAAACGUGAACCCAAACUUAGGUCCGGUCUUCAUUGUAUUUCGGAAUCAAGAUCUGGCGGGGCUGUAACGCGUUCUAGUUUAAGACUUCGUUUGGAAUCUAAUGUAGAUACACCAGCGUCGGAUACUCCUUGUCCUAUAAUUAUGUCUGAAGACAAAGUAGAGGAGGACAAUUGUAAAGAGGAAACUACCAUAAAUAAUUCAGACGAAUUGCACGAGACACCGGGAAUACAAGAAUUACUAACAGAAGAAUAUAACGAAACGACGCAUACCUUAAUAGAUGAUAAACACUUAGAGUCUGUAAACAUAAGUUCUGUAGAAACAAUAGUGGAUACCGAAAUGCAUCAGGAUAAGCCGGAAGAGGAAGAGAAACCUGUCACUCUUCCAGAGAAACAAGAGACCAUCGAAGACAAUGAAGUGAUCACACAAGUUUGCCAGGAGAAUAUUUCAAACGCAUAUGAAGAAGAAAUUCAUUUAGCCGAAAGUAAAAAGGAUCUCCAGCCGAUGGAAGAACAUAUCCUCGAGGUCUCAGAGGAUACAAUUUUGUUGCCGGAAGAAAGCGCAUCGCCAAAAUCAAACGAACAAGUAGAACAAGUAUCUCACACACCUACCGAAACGAUCUCUCAGCUAUCGACAGAGUGCACGCCUCAGUCCACGGUAGAUCAAAUACCCCAAAUAUCAAAGGAACAAGUAUCUCAAAUGUCUGAAGAACAAAUCUAUCCGAUAUCUGAUUGCGAAACGACAACUAUGCUCGAAACAUCGCCGACGCAGCAGGAGCAAGUCAGACCAACAGAGAUAGUCAUGGAAGAUUCUGCGUUGAUAAACAACAGUCAGACUGAAACGACUCAGGUUUCCCAUGAGAAUCCGACAGACGGUGAAUCGCAAAUUCCCGAGGGAAUGGAAAUUGAUAGCGAAACGUUGCAACGUAUUCACGAACUGGAGGUAAGAGGGGAAAUGCGCGAAGCGUAUGAAGAAAUUUCAGGAUGCCCUGAAGAGAUAAUGUACCCUAUUCUUGAGGGAAUGGAGAUGGGAACGAACAGCACAGAAGAAACAGAACCGCAAGUUGUCUCCGGUCAGCCGGAGACCACCAGAGACCAGCAAGAUGUGAACGGCGGAAACGAAGAGGAAGCUCUCAGAGAGGCUAACAAUUAUGUUUGUUCCGAAAUGUUAGAAUGUAGCUGGCCAGUAGACCCGACUGUUAAUAACAUUAGUAACACGACCAGGACGCAGGAGGAGCUUCAAGUUCCAUGGCCAUUGGUGGCUGCAGCUUUAGAUGGAUCCGUGGCUGCGAACAUUACCGUGACCACUCAAGACGAGUGCAACGACACGCCGACCACAACCGACUCGACCACUCAAUCCCAGCAGUUCAUCAAUGCCGAUUCGAACGUGGAGUCAGUGAACUGUAUCCAAUUGCCAGUUGUCCAAGGGACGCCUUUUCAAUCGGACAGCCUCGCGAUCGGCACACCCGGCACAAGUUGUAUAAUGAAGAACUUUCAGUCGCAAAGUUCACCGAUCAUAGCUUUCCCACAAUUACAAUCCAUCAGAUUCGUGCAAACUAGUUUUCAUUCUGAUCAGACCGCCGCCCCUGCGUUGAACAGCACGUCUUCGAUUACCGGUCAGCUGCAAACCCAGCAGACCACCAAUUCGCAGAUAAAUAUAAUGAGAACGCAAGAAGAGGUGGUUCAGUUGAAUGCUCAGAAUAAUGCCACGCGGAACGUCAGGACCAACGUCGCGCAAAAUCCAGUGCCGAAUGUCGUGCCAGCGGCGAUCGGCGUGCAACAGAAUCGAGCGCAGAACACCAUCGUUAUACAGCAACAAGCUUCGGCGCCGGCUCAACCGCGACAGGUUGUGGCCACUAUACAACAACAACAGUAUCCUGGGACAACGGUGGCGGUGUCCUCGAGGACCUCGCGUUCGAAUAAUCAAGGUAGUCAGAGAGGUUCGAGGAAUACUAAUAAAGAGCAGGGAGGAGGCAGAUCUCGUACUACUACAAAAGAACCACCGGGUGCUGUCAAUUUGGAACGGAGUUACCAAAUAUGUCAAGCGGUUAUACAAAGUUCACCAAACAGAGAUCAAUUGAAGGCUCAUUUAAAACCUCCGCCAAGUUUACUCGCUAGAGGUGACGGUGUGUACACAACUAGUAAGUCCGGCGGUCGUACGCUGACGACUGUCAAAACUCAAAAACCGCCGCAAACGAUACAACAUAAUAAACAAGCUCAAAACAAAACUCAAAACGUAAUUGCUCGUUAUCAUUUUGCUAAUAGGAAAUCUGCUUCGCAACUAAUAGCAAGACUGAAUUUUCAGGUUCCAGAAAGCAAUACCGUAGCACAGUUAGGAUCCACGACAACAGGUGGUCUAGGGCAAUACAUACUUGUACAAAGGACAGGUGUCGGAGACAGUGCACCGAGGGCGUCCUCUGCGCCACCCUUGCCCCCACAGAUAGCUGGAAUGGGCGUUGGGGUGCAUUUGGUACGUGGCAGGCCAGCCAGCGCUGGAGAAGGCUCCCAUCAAGCUGUGACGUUGAAAGCGAGGGGUAAUGAUGGCAGAGGAGGUGGUGGCGCUGAACCUGCAGCGCCUGGUAUGAUAAUGGGUGGAGAUCCACCGCCUCCGUGUGAAUGUAAUAUGAGAGGUGCAAUGGUAAUAUGCCGGCAGUGUGGCGCCUUUUGUCACGACGACUGCAUCGGGCCUCAACGUAUUUGCGCUACCUGUCUGAUACGUUAAAUCAUUGUUUACCAAUUGUUUUAUGUAUAAAUUUAGAGCUAUGCGACCAGAGUGCUGAGUAUCAAAUUACGGGGAUAAGGGUGGGCAGACACUAAAGACGUCGUUGGUUUCCUCGGAUCUUUAUAUUAGUAAAUGGGUGGGUGGGGAGAAUUGACAAAAGCGGACAUUAUUGCAUGGAUUUCGAAUAAACGAAGUUUCAUACUGUCAACCGAAUUUGUUGUCCAGCACUUUAGAGUGAACGGUGGUUUGCGUAGUAGAGGAAGUCACCGGAUACAGUUGGAAGAAACGAUUUUAAAUUCUGUGAUUUAUUUCCCUCAGUAUUAAUCAUGUGUCUUUUUUCUUUUCUCUGUCAUGCAAGAGCGUAUAUCUUGUGAAUUCCUUUUUUCCUUUUCGACUUCUUUGUUUUGUAAUGAAAUAUAUUCUUAUAAAUAACUUUAUACGAGGCUUUAACAGAGCAUUUUCUGAAACGAAUGGAUUCCUAAUCAUUUGUAACUAAUAAUUAUUAUGUCGGUGAGUUAUUUGAACAAUCAAAAUAUUACAACUGUAUCCUCAUGUGCCCUCGUUUUUAAUAAAAUUAAAGUAAAUCUCUUACAGUCAGAUUCUAAUACCGUCUUCCAGUAAGCAUCACAUUCUUUAUAAUGCGUCUCUGAUAUUUAUUUAUUAACAGAAGUUAAGUUUAUCUUUAUUACAUUGAAGAUAUUCCUGUACACGCUGAUCUCAGACUAAUUAAGGAAAUCGGAAGAACUAUUUCUUACAUGCUCUCUCAUUACACGUCUCCUUCGCUGUAGUUUUUCAGGCAUGAGGACAGGUUUCCAAUUCGUCACGAACAAGUUACUAUAGAGCAUCCUGUACAGGAAUGUUGUUCGGAAUGAAUAUUGAUUAUUAUUAUUAUUAUUAAUAUCUAUUGCCAACAAUGACAAAAAUCUGACUAGAUACUAAAGCGUAGUGUUUACGUAUUUUAGCUUUAUCACUCACUUCGUUGUAAACAAUUCUCUAGGAUAGCAUGGAAUACGUUACUUGCUUCGCGUUAGCAUUCAGAGUCACGAGUGAGACAUGAAACAUCUGACAAAAAUAAAAAGUGCAUCGGUCACAGUUCCACGAAUAACAUGUCAUUGUGUAUAUAAUUCGCAUUUCAAACGUUCAUUUCUCAAGCAUGAUUUCCAGAUUGUCGUGGGUUAUGACAAUGCUCGCGCGGAUCGAAAUUCAUUGUAUUAUUUUCUUACACCAUACUCACCAUACUUCAAACACUUAAUCACGAUCGUUGCAUCUGGCCAUAAACAGGUUACCGUAGUCUCUCAUUCUAUACAUGCAUCAGUUUUGUUAUGCUAUUUACUUGUUUACUCCUUUGCGUUGCAUAUGGUUGUAAAAAUACCUUGAAGUUAGAAAAGUAAAAUAGGUAUAAUUCAUUACUAUUAAAACAUUUAGAAUUUAAUUUUUUGUAUUUUUACCAGAAAAUCUAUCACGUUCCAAGUGAAAUAAGAACUUCAUUAAAUUUUAUGAACUCCUACGUUCAAUUUCAGACAAACGUGAAUGUAUUGGAAAUAUAAAAUCCGCAGCUUAGUUUGCAAUCAUGGCAGGAUAAUAAAUAUUCUUUGUAUUGAUCGGGCAGCUGUUGCAGCUUUAGUUUAUCAAAAGAGUAAAGUAAGUAAUUGAUAUGUACAUAAUGGGAGACUACUGUAACUGAAUCCACUGUUUCUUAUUAUAGAAAACUACACGUGUUGAAUACAUACAUUAAGAGGAGAAAAUAUUCGUGCAUCAGUGUCUAUUGCUUUCAAUUGGCGAUACAAUUUUUAAUAUUCCAAUUAUGUUAAGAAAUUAUUUAGAUUAUCUUAUACUUUCAUAGGAAGCUAGAUUUCUAUAAACUAAUUGGACACAAAUGAUGUUAACUACUGAAAAUACUACUCCACUAUAGUUGCUUCACCAGUUUCUUACAUAUUUUCAAUUAAUUUAUAUAUGUAAAACAACAACGAAGAAAAUGAAACAGUGGUGUCAAAGAAGUGGAAACGUAAUUGGACCGAGGAAUGGGCAUUGAAGAAUUAAGUAACAGUUGAAAGCAAAUAGUCAAUGGAAUUUAAAUAUUUUCUUCCUUUUAUUGUAAUAUCGCUAUUUCAUUCAAUGGAACACACGAAGUGUUCCAUUUAUAUAUAUAUAUAUAAAUAUAUAUAUUACAUCAAUGGAUUUUCAUAUUGAUAUGUUUCCAUUGGAAUCAUCGAUGCUGAUAAGUAGUAUUAUUGCGAUUCGAUAGACAGAAAAACAAACCUAUUCUGUAUUUGUCGCUCAAAUGUAAAUAAAAUCAUAUUCGUUUAAUGUGUAAAUUCGUUUAAUAUGCGCAGUGUAUAUGACGACUAAGGUGCGGAUUUAGCGGCCAUGUGCGUUGUGUAGAGAAAGUAACAUUUAAAAGCAGGGUGAAAGCACAUUGAAAAAGUAACGUUGAAAAUAGGAAUUGUGUCGCUUUGCUGAUACCUCGUCGCGAUGCAACGUCGACGCCGGCUAAAUUCGUACUUUACAAGACGAUAACAUUACCUGUCGAAAAACAGCAAUAGCCACUCACACGUGUAUGUACAAAGAUAUUCUAUAUUUAAAAGCUGCUGAAAUUAAAAAGUAGUAUUAAGUCAGACGUGAGUAUUCUUUUCGAACCAUCAAAUUGUUUCAGCGCCUCUUCAGACUUUGUUACUAUACUAUUUAUAAGUAGACUGCGGAUGUGCUCCUGUGAGCUUAUAUUUUGUACAUUAAUUGUUAGGAAAUUAUCCAAUCUGCGCAGCGUUCCAUGAGAUCACGAAUAAAAAAGUGAUAGGUUUUUUUGGUGAACUCUUUUUAGAAUCAUUACUUUGAUUGUACUUCUUUUUGCAUUCAGGCGUGUGCUGUUAAUAAGUAAAAGAAUCCGUGUCUACUUGUAAGUAAUGUAGUUUGGUAAGGAAAACAGAUUUUAUGAGAAAACUAUUGCUUUGCAAUACACUAUUUCGAUUAGUGAAG